AUGACAAAUAUCGCCGAUAAUACGAUAUUAUCGGUGUACUGUAUUUACCGUAUCGGACGGUAUUAUCGGCACAAAAAUCGUUUUGCGAUAUCGGGAUUUCCGUAUCGCUCAGUGUCCGAUACCGCUGAUAGGAUUGUAGGGGAUGGUUCUGCCAAAGCUGGGGCAAAGAGGAAGAAAGUCGAAAGAACGGAAAGGUCUGGAGAACUGAAAUCAUCAACAGGAAUUAGUGAACCUGUGGUUGAAUUGGAGAAUCUGGACCAUUAUAAGACUAAGUGUAUUGAAUUGUCUGUGGAGCUGGAGAAGAAGGAAUUGGAGCUUGAGAAGAUAAAAGUGGAGAAGAAAGUUGAGCUCGAGAAGAAGGAAUUGGAGCUCGAGAAAAUGAUAGUGGAGCUUGAGAAGAAGAAAGUUGAAAAGGUGCCGAAUGUAUAUGACGUCGAAGAAGGGAAGGAUUGGGGCUGUUUGGAAGAGAGAGCAUCUCAACAUGGAUCAUCAUCUCAAAAACUGUCUGGCGAGCCAGAAGAUUCUAAUAAUUUUGUUUAUUCAAAAACUUCUCUUGAUGACCCUAUGGAUUACAAAGACGAAAUGGAAUGGAUAUCUGAGCAUGAAUUGCUUUCUUCAUUUGAAGAGGAUCCUGAGCUCUGUAUGAAAGCUGUUUGUGCUCUCUAUCGACAGAAAAUAUCCGAGGCUGAAAUAUCAGCGGGGUUGUACUAUCACAGUGACAUACUCAGUGACAGUGCAUUGGCCUGUUCAAUGCGCAAGAAUUCGUGGACUACUUUGGCCAAGUUUAUAAUGGGUGAGGACUGCAAAGGUGACGUACAGAAGUCUGUGAAAGAGUUGGAGACAUUGGAUCCUAAAGCGGUUAACGACUGCAAGAGGCUGGCUAGAAGAUACUCGAUUCAUAUAUUUGAUAUCUACCAAAACGGAAAAGAUCCUUUUUUCCAUCCAGCUAGAACUGCCAGCCAUGGAGAACAAACUGCUAAGUGA